AGCGAGAGCCCUUGGGCCCUGGGGCUGCUGCGCACCUUCGACGCGGGCGAGUUCGCGGGCUGGGAGAAGGUCGGCUCGGGCGGCUUCGGGCAGGUGUACAAGGUGCGCCACGUCCACUGGAAGACGUGGCUCGCCAUCAAGUGCUCGCCCAGUCUGCACGUCGACGACAGGGAGCGCUUGGAGCUUUUGGAAGAAGCCAAGAAGAUGGAGAUGGCCAAGUUCCGAUACAUCCUGCCUGUGUAUGGCAUUUGCCGCGACCCUGUUGGCCUGGUCAUGGAGUUCAUGGAGACGGGCUCCCUGGAGAAGCUGCUGGCCUCCGAGCCAUUGCCGUGGGACCUGCGCUUCCGCAUCAUCCACGAGACGGCGGUGGGCAUGAACUUCCUGCACUGCAUGUCCCCACCGCUGCUGCACCUCGACCUCAAGCCCGCGAACAUCCUGCUGGACGCGCACUACCACGUCAAGAUUUCUGACUUUGGGCUGGCCAAGUGCAACGGGCUGUCCCACUCACACGACCUCAGCAUGGACGGCCUGUUCGGGACCAUCGCCUACCUGCCUCCAGAGCGCAUCCGAGAGAAGAGCCGGCUCUUUGACACCAAGCACGACGUGUACAGCUUCGCCAUCGUGAUCUGGGGCGUGCUGACGCAGAAGAAGCCAUUUGCAGAUGAGAAAAACAUCCUGCACAUCAUGGUGAAGGUGGUGAAGGGCCACCGCCCGGAGCUGCCGCCCGUCUGCAGAGCCAGGCCGCGGGCCUGCAGCCACCUGCUGCGCCUCAUGCAGCGAUGCUGGCACGGCGACCCCCGCGAGCGGCCCACCUUCCAAGAAAUCACUUCGGAGACGGAGGACCUGUGUGAGAAACCCGACGAGGAGGUGAAAGAGGCAACUCAGGACCUGGAUGUAAAAGACCCUCCGGAGCCCAAGACGGAGGCGCCUGUGUCCACACCCCUCAAGCGAGCCUCGGCCCCGGCCUUCGACAAGGACUACAGCCUCUCCGAGCUGCUGUCCCAGCUGGACUCUGGCAUCUCCCAGACGCUUGAGGGCCCGGACGAGCUCAGCCGCAGCUCCUCCGAAUCCAAACUCCCAUCGGCGGACAGUGGCAAGCGGCUGUCGGGCGUGUCCUCCGUCGAUUCUGCCUUCUCCUCCAGAGGGUCCUUGUCCCUGUCUUUCGAGCGGGAGCCUUCCACGGGCGAUCUUGGCACGACCGACAUCCAGAAGAGGAAGCUGGUGGAGGCCAUCGUGACUGGGGACACCAGCCGGCUGAUGAAGAUCCUGCAGCCGCAGGACGUGGACCUGGUGCUGGAGGGCGGCGCCAGCCUGCUGCACCUGGCCGUGGAGGCCGGGCAGGAGGAGUGCGUCAAGUGGCUCCUCCUCAACAACGCCAACCCCAACCUGACCAACAGGAAGGGCUCCACCCCACUGCACCUGGCCGUGGAGAAGAGGGUGCGGGGCGUCGUGGAGCUCCUGCUGGCCCGGAAGAUCAGCGUCAACGCCACGGACGAGGACCAGUGGACGGCCCUGCACUUCGCGGCCCAGAACGGGGACGAGUGCAGCACGCGGCUGCUGCUGGAGAAGAACGCCUCCAUCAACGAGGCCGACUGCGAGGGCCGCACGCCCAUGCACGUGGCCUACCUGCGCUCCGACGUCAACCUCUGCAACCUGCUCGAGCAGACGCCCCUGCACGUUGCCGCGGAGACCGGGCACACGAGCACCGCCAGGCUGCUCUUGCACCGGGGGGCCAGCAGGGAGGCAGUGACCGCGGAAGGCUGCACUGCCCUGCACCUGGCUUCUCGGAACGGGCACCUGGCGACCGUCAAGCUGCUGGUGGAGGAGAAGGCCAAUGUGCUGGCCCGGGGGCCCCGGAACCAGACGGUGCUGCACCUGGCUGCCGCCAGCGGGCACUCGGAGGUGGUGGAGGAGCUGGUCAGUGCUGACGUGCUCAACCUGUCCGAUGAGCAGGGGCUCAGCGCCUUGCACCUGGCCGCCCGGGGCAGACACGCCAAGACGGUGGAGACGCUGCUCAAGCAUGGGGCGCACGUCAACCUGCAGAGCCUCAAGUUCCAGGGCAGCCACAGCCCGGCCGCCACGCUGCUCCGGCGAAGCAAGACCUAGUUUGCUGGCCUCGGAGACCGGGGCCCGUGUGGGGUUUCUGUGCCGUUGUCGUGUUCCGCGGUGGGGACAGGCUGAUGCUGUGCAUGCGGGUCAGCAACCCUCCCCUGGUUGAUGGGCUGGCGGCACUUUGACCAAACAGGCCGUCAGGAAGCGGCUGACUCUUGAUUCGUGCCGGAGUCAGUGUGGGCGGGUUACCCUCCAAAUGAAGGUGUUCGAAGGUGCUGAUCCAUCCGCCCAUCGGUGUGCCGGUGUCAGAGGGACGAUGGGUUGAAAUCAUUUCGUUGUACUCUUGCUCAGGAGGUCGGCCAGCCUCAGGAUGUGGGGCGGGAGGAGCCGCGUCUUCCAUCUUCAUUGGCAGCGGCGGACGAGGCCACCUGUUUCAGAAGGCUUUCGUGGAAUCCUUGUUUUAUGGGACAUUGUCACUACAUAACACAGUGUCAGCUGUUGCUUUAAACCUUUGGAAAAAUGUUCAUGUCCUUAGGUGGUCUGGUCUGUGAGCAAUGUGUGUGAAGUGAUAAGGCUGGUGUUGAACGGCACCGUGGCCGUGUCCGCUCUGCCCGGCUCGGGGUGUUCUCAACCCGGCCUUGUGGCGACCACAUGCCUCCCAGCAGCUGAUGGCUCUCAUUCAUUUCCUGUUGCAUAAAGUGUGUUUCGAACUCUAGAGCCAAAUGGGCAAGAGUCAUUUAAAAGUUCACUUGUAACCUCA